UAUGAAGGCGUAAGCGUCUACAGUCUACACAUACAUUGAUACCUCCUGCAACCUGUUCGGAGUUGUCCGUACUGAAGAAUUACCGGCAAGUGCCGGUGAUGAAGCCUUCUUCUUCAUCUUCUUUUUGUUGCUUUUUCACAUUCACCAGUCACCACUACUAUUACUACUAUACAUACAAGUUCUCAUUUCCACUUUCUAGUUUUAGUUAGUUUAAUUUCUAUUCCCCUUCCUUCUCCGAAACACUUUCUUCUUCUUCCUUCCAAAACCCAAAAUAAAUGAUGCAGUAGGAAUUAAUAGAUGGAGAAGAAGGAGAUAAUGAUGAGUGUGAAGAUGGAAGAUGCGUCAUCACUAUUCAGCAAUAACAUUCCAUUAUGGAGCGUGUUUGAUUUGUGUCAAGAAACAGAGGAGAAGGGUUCUUUAGGGUUUAUGGAUCUACUUGGUGUGCAUCAAGACUACUACAACGGUGGUGGUGGUGGUGGUGGUGGUGCUCCUCUGCUUGCUGAUAAUAAUUCUCCAUCUCAGGUAACUGUGAAAGAGUGUCCUUCAAAUUCAGAGACUCAACAGCAACCUCCUACUACUCCAAAGUCUUCAACUACUACUUCAGCUUCACCUCUUUCAUCAUCCGUGUCCACCACUACUACUGUGGACCAAGCUGCACCGUUAUCUCAACACGCCGACAAACUGUUGAAGGCGAAGAAGACAAAUGGGAAGAAAAGAGAGAGGGAAGCUCGAUACGCGUUCAUGACAAAAAGCGAGGUGGAUCAUCUCGAAGACGGUUACAGAUGGAGAAAGUACGGCCAAAAAGCUGUCAAAAACAGCCCCUUUCCAAGGAGCUAUUAUCGUUGCACCAGUGGAUCAUGUAAUGUGAAGAAGCGUGUGGAAAGGUCUUUCACUGAUCCAACAAUUGUGGUCACAACAUAUGAAGGUCAACACACACAUCCAAGUCCACUUCUAAUGCCUCGCUCUUCAUCAUCAUCAUCAUCAAUGCCUCAAACCUACUUCUCUCACCAACACUAUCUACACCCACAUCAUCAACAACUCUUAUUUAAUACAUUCCCUUCUCUUGAUUAUCCUCCUCCUCCUCCUCCUUCUUCAUCUCAGGACACCACCAAUAACAAUGCAUUAUUUCCUCUAAGCGACCAUGGCCUUCUUCAAGAUGUUCUUCCUUCACAUAUGUUCAAGCAAGAGUAGAUAAACAUAGAUAUAGACAUGUGAUUUAUUGCUUGGUUUAUGCGAUGCUGACUUAGGAGGCUCCAUUGGUAGUUGUAGUAGUAGUAUAUCUUAGUUUCCUUCUCAUCACUCAUGAUCGAUGAUCAUCAUAUAUACCUGUGAGGUUCCUACUUCAUUUAUCUAUUUUUGCACAUAUAGACCUUAAUUAUCAUCAUAGUUAAAGUUUAUUUAAUAUUAUUUUUAAAGAUAUUGGAUACUCUGAAUUUGAAA